AUGAACCCCUCUUGGCCUGGCCAAUGCGACUGUGAGACGGAGGCUGCAUUGGUUGCCAUGGUAUCAUAUGACGUUUUGGGCCCUUCCUUUGCGAGUAUCAUUUCCAGGGCCCGCCACUCACGUGGUCAACAGGGCAGGCCGACUUACUGUGGUCGCGACAAGACUGACAGACGAGAUCCAAAGGGAAAGUGGAACAUGCUUCGCCCCUCGAGGAGGCCGGCCUGCCGGGUCGGUACAGUUCAGCCUGGCAUAGUAAAGGCUUCAUAA